GUCGUCAAACACAAACCUACUGCUGCUAACCAAGCAGGAGCUGUGGUAUAGCUUUGAGCUAACGCUGGUUAUCGGUUCAUCACUAACCCCUGUCUGAGGCUUACAGUUAGCCGUCAGUUUGAAAUCUGGCCUAGGGCUGGCUUUGUGAUAAAACAUGCAGAAAUAUGAAAAGCUUGAAAAAAUUGGAGAGGGCACUUAUGGAACAGUUUUUAAAGCUAAAAACAGAGAAACCCAUGAGAUAGUGGCUUUAAAGAGGGUGAGGCUGGACGAUGACGACGAGGGGGUGCCCAGCUCAGCCCUGAGAGAAAUCUGCCUCCUGAAAGAACUGAAGCAUAAAAACAUAGUCAGAUUACAUGAUGUUUUGCACAGUGACAAGAAGUUGACCUUGGUUUUUGAAUAUUGUGAUCAGGAUUUGAAAAAGUAUUUUGACAGCUGCAAUGGGGAUUUAGAUCCUGAAACAGUGAAGUCAUUCAUGUACCAGCUGCUGAAGGGCCUGGCUUUCUGUCACAGUCGAAAUGUUCUUCAUAGAGAUCUGAAGCCACAGAAUCUACUCAUUAACAGAAAUGGGGAGCUGAAGCUUGCAGACUUUGGCUUGGCUCGAGCCUUUGGUAUUCCUGUGAGGUGUUACUCUGCAGAGGUGGUUACCUUAUGGUAUCGACCUCCAGAUGUGCUGUUCGGUGCUAAACUUUAUUCUACCUCAAUCGACAUGUGGUCAGCUGGAUGCAUAUUUGCAGAGUUGGCUAAUGCUGGGAGGCCUUUAUUUCCCGGAAAUGAUGUUGACGACCAGCUGAAAAGAAUUUUCAGAUUGUUGGGUACACCUACAGAAGAACAGUGGCAAACGAUGACUAAACUCCCUGAUUAUAAGCCAUAUCCCAUGUAUCCAGCCACCACAUCACUGGUGAACGUGGUUCCCAAACUAAGUAGCACAGGACGGGAUCUACUCCAGAACCUGUUGAAAUGUAACCCGGUCCAGAGGAUCUCUGCAGAGGAGGCCUUGCAGCACCCUUACUUUGCCGAUUUCUGCCCACCCUAAAUGCUCCCAAUUGUCGCCUGUUGAAACUCAGCCUGAAGAAUCAAUCUUCUGUCAUUUUCAAACAUUUCCCUGCAAGUCAUUCUGUUGUGCCUCAAUGUGAAGCAGAGUCUCUUGAAACUCUGCAAGCUUUUAGGUUCUUUGAAAUGUUAAGAUAAAUUAAUUUAAAACACACACCUCCAGGUUAGUAAGCACUGAAGGUGAGCUGUGUGCUGCGUUACAUUUGGUUUUAGAAGAAAAAUCUUUUCAUUUACUGCAAGAAUUUUUUUUUUUAAUUGAUGUUAUCAGUUAACAUUCACAGACUGUAAACAGGAAAGUAGACACCAUCUGGUUGCAAAAAUAAAACCCUACAAGUAACAGGAAACCACCAGGGGGCGACUCAGCUUGAGAUCCUUGUCUCAAUUAAACUCAAGUAAAAAUCUCAGUAAUUGUAUUUCUGGGAAGUUAAUGAUGUCAGUUGUUAAAUGAAGUCUAUGUCAGUAAAGGUAAUUACGUUUUGAACAUGAGAAGGGCAGCAUGAUGGCUGUGCCCAUGUUUUAUAUACAGCCUACACUACCUUUAACAUUUUAGUACAAGCAGCUACAGUUACUCAAAGAGCCCUGUUAUUAUAAUAGCUUUUGUUAUUGGACCUUGCAGAGCUUCACGGCCUGUUUGCUGCCAUUGGAAACUGUAGCCUAAUUGGCGAGGCCUCCUAAAGGCCAACAGCAGUAGAGACAUUCUUUAGACAAAGCAAAUUCAAAUUGUUGGGAGAUUACUGCAACAUUCUCCUCACACAGCGUGCAUGCAGAAAGAAAAUUAAUUAUAUUAGAUGCUUUCAAACCUGACAUUUGUACUCCUGGCUCUGACAAAGACUGCAAGUUUAUGUAAAUAUAAACAAAAGAGAGCUCCCAGGGACAGCCAAAGUUAAAACGUCACUAUUUAAAAAAAUAAAUAAAAUCAUGUCAAUCGCAGAAGAGAUUGCAAUUCUACAUUGGGGAUUUCUUUCGUUUGAAUUUUUCCCUUUUUCUCAUUUCGACAGUGUAAAUGUUUGGAGCUUUUAUCUUUUAUAAUAAUUUUUUCCAUUUGUUAAUUCUUUAGUGUUUUUAAUGCUCUUGAGGAAACACAGCUCAAAAUGAUUGUAUUUUCUCUGUUAUUAACACAAAGGAUUGAUGGCAAAAUAAUCCCCCCAUACGUACCACACACACACAGGCACACACCCGGGGAAUUCAAUCGUUAUAUUGCAACCUACUUGUUUAAUUACAUAGACUAAAAUGACACCUGAAGACACUUCAUAAUUCUGUCUCCUGUUUCACACCGCAACAUUAUGUCACAUGUGAAUCUAAUUUAUAACUUUUCUUUAUAUCUCCUAUUUUGUGCACUUUGUUUUUAUUUUUAUUUGAAUUGUUUCAUCAUCAAUAUUAUUGAGACUGACAGCCAGGAUUAUACCUGGUUUCUAAUAAAUGGGCCAAUGUUUAAGGUGAUGAACAGUGGACCAUUUGUAACGAGUGUAUUAAUUAUUAUUAUUAUUUUGGACACAUUUUCACAUUUAUAGGCUUUUUUUAAGCACAUUUGUAGCAGUGUCAUUACUGGUAUUAAAACAGUGGCAGGUAAUGUGGUAAUAAUUUGAAUUUUUUUUUUCCAGGUGAUGUUUGUACAGAGUUUUGCUGUUCGCAGUGUUAUUUUACUUCACAUUUUUACAGUGCUUCUAAAAACCUCAACGCUUUAUAAACUAGAUUUACUUUGCUGGAUGCAUGUAUUUAUUGAUGAUGGAAUGUCUGCUCUUUUUUGCUUUUGUUUCAUUGUUGCACAACAUAAUUUGGUGCACAUUCAAUCAAACGGUCACAGAGUAUUCCAGGUCUAUAGUACUUUCCAGAAGUUUUAGGAUUAAAAAUCUUAAUGGUUUGUGUUGAUUCAAUAAUAGAAAUAAUAAUAAAAAAGAUUAUUACAUCA